CGGCCUCCCCCCCCCCCCCCCCCCCCCCAGGCGGGCAGGCGGCGGCAUGCCGCGCACGGCGGCUGCGGCGCCCCCCGCGCGGAAGGUGCCCCUCCGGAAGCUGCUGCGCGCGGCCUCGGUGGCGUGCGGGGUGCAGUUCGGCUGGGCGCUGCAGCUGUCGCUGCUCACCCCCUACGUGCAGGAGCUGGGCAUCCCGCACGCCUUCGCCAGCCUCGUCUGGCUCUGCGGCCCGCUCUCCGGCCUCCUCGUCCAGCCCCUCGUCGGACACCUCUCCGACCGCAUCGCCCCGGCCGCGUCCCCGCUCGGCCGCCGCAGGCCCUUCAUCGCCGCGGGCGCCGCCUCAAUCGCCGCCGCCGUCCUCACCGUCGGAUUCUCCGCCGACCUUGGCCGCAUCUUCGGCGACGACAUCACACCGGGGAAGACACGCCUCGGAGCCAUCUGCGUCUACCUCGUCGGAUUCUGGCUGCUCGAUGUGGGGAACAACGCCACGCAGGGGCCGUGCAGGGCCUUCCUCGCGGACCUCACCGAGAACGACCCAAGGAGGACACGGAUUGCUAAUGCAUACUUUUCACUCUUCAUGGCCCUGGGAAACAUACUUGGAUAUGCCACCGGAGCAUAUAGUGGCUGGUAUAGGAUAUUUCCUUUCACUGUUACACCAUCCUGCAGCAUCAGUUGUGCCAACCUCAAGUCUGCCUUUCUUCUUGACAUUAUUAUUCUGGUGAUUACAACGUACAUUACUGUAGCAUCAGUGCAAGAGCCGCAAACUUUUGGAGGUGAUGAAGCAGAACAUCCAGGUACCGAACAGGAAGCUUUCCUCUGGGAGCUUUUUGGGUCAUUCAGAUACUUCACGCUACCAGUUUGGAUGGUCUUAAUUGUCACUGCCCUUACAUGGAUUGGAUGGUUUCCUUUUAUCCUCUUUGAUACUGAUUGGAUGGGCCGAGAGAUCUACCGAGGAAGCCCAGAAAACCCAGGAGAGACCCAAAGAUACCAUGAUGGUGUGAGAAUGGGUUCUUUUGGUCUAAUGCUGAACUCUGUCCUUCUUGGAUUCACCUCUGUUGUACUAGAAAAGUUAUGUAGGAAGUGGGGAGCUGGACUAGUAUGGGGUGUCUCCAAUAUACUGAUGGCGUUAUGCUUUGUGGCUAUGCUUGUUAUAACAUAUGUCGCAAAGAACAUGGAUUAUCCUCCCAAUGGAGUACCUCCAACUGGCAUUGUCAUUGCUUCUUUGGUGGUUUUUACAAUUUUAGGAGCACCCCUGGCGAUUACAUACAGUAUACCAUACGCAAUGGCUGCUAGUCGUGUUGAAAAUCUGGGUCUUGGCCAAGGUCUAGCAAUGGGCAUUCUAAAUUUAGCUAUUGUCAUACCACAGGUUAUUGUGUCACUUGGUAGUGGGCCAUGGGAUCAACUGUUUGGUGGUGGGAAUGCGCCGGCUUUUGCGGUGGCAGCCGGUGCAUCGUUCAUCGGUGGGCUGGUGGCUAUUCUGGGGCUUCCACGAGCUCGCAUUGCAUCAUCGAGGAGGAGAGGCGGGACACACCGAUAAGGUGCUUAGUACCUACAUAAUGUGUAUGCUGUGGAAGUGUUGCAACUUGCGACAAUUCUUUGCGUUUGGUUGGGCACAUCAAGCGCUGUACGCGGGGAAAUUUAUGGGGGGUUUUGGAGAAGAGCAGGAAGCUCUUGAAUGAUGUCCUUUUCCUUUCCUUUUUGGUGGUUUGCCCUGUUGAGCUAUUUUUGCCUUGUCUCCAUCAUUUGUUGUUUGUAAUGUAUGCAUGUAUGUAUGUAUGUGUAUGUACGUCGGUCAUCUGUAGAGAGGUUAAUUAAUGAAUAAAAGGUUACAGGAGUUACGUUUA